AUGGAAGUCUUUUUAGAUAACACUCCUGAAAGUUUUUUGGUUGAAGUUUACGCACACUAUACAAAUUUAGUUCAUAGAAAGAAGGUUAACCUUAUUAGAUUAACUCCAGCUGCACAACAAUUUAUUUAGCAAGGUGACUUGAAGAUACCCAAUUUGCCAUGCUUGAUUACUCCAUAAGGAAUCAUUUCUAAUCCAAUUUCUAUUUGCGUUUACUUCAGUGAUAUCAGUUUCACCUCUGGCAUUAUGAUUGGAAAGAAUAACGAUGCAUAAUUCUUGUCAUACUUAGAUUAAUGUAAAAGAAUUCAAAAGAAUCAAGAAGUUCAAUUAGCCAAUUUAAACAAAGACUUAGAAUCUAAGGUAUUUUUGGUUGGUAGUCACAUCACUUUAGCUGAUAUUAUUGUUUUCGCAUAUACCUAUCAUAUAAUUACUUGUCUUGAUGAUGCAGCUAAAUGGAAAUUCAACAAUGUUUUCAGAUGGUAUAACAACGUUUAAAACUUAGAAGGAAUGAAGGAAUUCAUUCAAAAUACUAAUAGAUCUUUAAGUAUGUACCCUGAACCACUUAUUGAAAGUGAAGAUGCUUCUGCUAAAGGAAAAGGUGGAAAGAAAAAAUGA